AAACAAAGGAUGCCAUUGGCUGGAGUUACCUCGCGGACGGCGGAAGGUGGACUCGCGAAUGUGAGGCCUGUGGUUGCCACAGCGACCGGGAGGUUGGGCUGGCCAGAUUCAGCCGCUGGGACUGGACCAGGUGCUUAGGAGAAGAUGCAGUAGAGCUUUUCAUCAAACAAAUGGAACACAUCACAGAAUUUUGCUAACAUGGACAACUCUGCACAGAAAAAUGAACGCACUGGCAAACAUCCCAGACGUGCCAGUGAAGUACAGAAAGGUUUUACUGCUGCAUAUCCAACAGAGUCAUCCAUUCCUUUUAAAUCUCAAGCUUCGGUAAUCCCAGAAUCAGAAAAAAAAGGAUUCAAUAGUCAAGCCAAGAGAUUUUCUCAUAAGAAGAAUGAUAUCCCAGGUCCUGGGUUCUACAAUGUCAUUCACCAGUCACCGGUGUCCAACAGUGUCUCAUUGUCCAAGAAAGGAACUUGCAUGUUUCCCUCGAUGUGCGCCCGAUUGGACACCAUCAUUUCUAAAUACCCUGCGGCGAACACAUACACUAUCCUAUCGGAUUUUAUUUCCAAGAGAGACUUUAGUAAUUCAUGUUCCAGCAUGUUCCAGUUGCCAAGCUUUAUGAAAGUUCCCAAAUUUGAAACUCCUGCACCAAACUAUUACAAUGCCUCUGUCUCUUGCUGCAAGCAGAGAAACAACGUCUGUGCUCGAGCCGGGUUUAUGUCAAAAACCCAAAGAGGAUCUUUCGCUUUUGCUGAUAAAGGACCUCCCCCAGGGCAUUAUGAUAUCAACGAAUCCCUUGUGAAGCGGUCGCCAAAUACAUUAAUGUCUUGUUUUAAAUCAAAAACCAACCGUGGAUUAAAACUGACAUCAACAGGCCCGGGACCCGGUUAUUACAACCCCAGUGAUUGCACAAAAGUUCCAAAAAAGACUCUUUUCCCGAAAAAUCCCAUCCUGAACUUCUCUGCUCAGCCUUCACCCCUGCCUCCGAAGCCGCCUCUCCCAGGUCCUGGUCAGUAUGAGAUCGUGGACUACUUAGGCCCCCGCAAGCAUUUCAUCUCUAGCGCAUCAUUCGUGUCCAAUACCAGCCGGUGGACAGCGGCGCCGCCUCAGCCAGGCCUGCCUGGCCCAGCCACGUACAAGCCAGAGCUCCCAGGAAAGCAGUCUUUCCUCUACAACGAGGACAAGAAAUGGAUCCCAGUGCUGUAGGCAUGUCACACAAGGUCAAGGAGAACUCCAGCCACCAGCCCACCCCGCCCAGCGUCCCCAGGACAUUCCUCAGGUGGAGACCGAUCAUGUGUGUGGCAGCUGACAGCUUGGGGGGUGACCCUACCACUCUGGCCUGGCAUGCUAGCCGGACUGCUGCCAUUGCCUUUGUCUUGAGCUGGAGACAUUGCUCCUUGGAGACUGCACCCCAGCCCCACCGACUCCAGUGGCUUCCUGAGCAGAAGGGAGGAGUGGACAGAGCCCCCUGGCUGCUUCCCCACGCACCCAUCCAGGCUGGCUUCCGGCACGACUCCCUGCCGCAGACUGAAGGGACUCCUGAAGCGCAGACUUUAAGGAGGAGCAGUCCACCCUGAAGGUGGCCAAGCCUGGAAGCCCCACCCUUCCCUGUUUCAUUCCUUCAUUCAUUCAUUCCCUCACUCCUGCCUUUCUCAUCUGUCCCUUUCUGGCCUCACUCACUCACGGUAUGUCUACUGGGUGAAAGCUACCUGCAGGCAGCUGAUGCUUUUUCCACCAGUCCACAGCUUCCUUUCUAAAGUGACCACCUGUUUGGAAAGGCCUCUCUUUACUCCUUUUAGACCUUUUUCUCUUUGGAGUGGGAGAUCGUCUUAGAAUGGCAGUGUCCAGGCCCGGGGGCUGCGCUUUUCCCUGACUUUCUCUGCCGGCAGGACUGAAUUUUCUCCAGGCUUACAGGCCCUUCCGUGGAGUCCACAUGGCCUGUCUAGGCCUGGUAGCCUUUGUUUCUAUGUGGAGGGAAAAAGAAAUGUGCCCUGGUGGUUUUGGUGGAGGCUGCACAGAUGCGCGGUGGGUGGGGAGCUGCCAGGCUCCUUUCCUGAUCUCCCAGCGGACUUUGACUGACUGGGCUUUGACUGACGCUGUAAGUCUCUCAGUACAUUAACCCCCCCAGCUACUGAGAGGUACAAAGUCUCCAAGACCUGUACAACUGUGGCCUCUCGAGAGAAGUGGUCCUCAGCCUUGACUGCACACUGUAAUUACCUGGGGACUUUAAAAAAUACUGAGGCUUGGGGCCCACCCACAAAUGCUGAUUUAACUCCUCCAGGGUGGGGUCUGGGCAGUCGGAGGUGGGGAGGCAGGAGCCACCCAGGUGAUUCCAAUGAUAGGUGAAGGUUGAGAAGUGCCACCUUCCAGCUUCCUAACUGGCUCUGGGAGGGGAGCUGGGUAGGCAGUUCAGGAGGUGGGAAAUUUAUACACGCGGAGCACCUGGAGCAUCUACAGCAUGACUGUGGUUCCACGCUCCUCUGUCAUUUAACCUUCACGCAUCACCUUAUUCUGACAUCAAGGGUGCGUCGCAGCCACAGUGAGGCCUGGCCUGGGCAGAGCAACUCUGGGUGCCCCACUGGGUCCCUCCCACAGGGGCAGGCAAGCCUAAUGGGAACCCCAGGCAAAAGGAAACAUCAGCAAUACGAAUCCUGUCUUUAAAACUGCGAUGUUUUGUUCACCAUGGAUUUUUUUUUGGCCUUAAUUUUAAAAAUAUUGCAUUAAAUUUAUUUAUCUUGCUUAUUGA